AUGGAAGAAAGCAUGGGUGGCGCAUCGCUCCCAUCGGGACCCGACGCGAAGAAGCGGUGCGUGAGCUACUUCUACGAGUCGAGCAUCGACGACUACUACUAUGGCCAAGGUCACCCAAUGAAACCCCACCGGAUCCGCAUGGCCCACAACUUGAUGGUUCACUACUCCCUCCACCACCGCAUAGAGAUCAACCGCCCCUUCUUGGCCAACCCCUUCGACAUCCGCCGCUUCCACUUUGAAGACUACGUCGAUUUCCUCACCUUCGUCACCCCCAAGACGCUCUCCGACCACUCCUUCUCUCGCCAUCUCAAGAGAUUUAACAUCAGUAAGGACUGCCCCUUGUUCGAAUUUUAUCAGUCCUUUGCUGGCGGGUCCAUCGACGCCACCGUCAAGCUCAACCGUGGCGAUGUCGAUAUCGCUCUCAACUAG